AUGUCCGACUCACGAUUAUAUUCUUUCUCUCCGGAGACCAAGGAGAAGCUGCGCAAGUUUCGUCUCAGCACGUCGAGAGCCAGAGAUGCCCAGGCUAUAAUCUAUAUCAUCGACUCGAAGAGCCAAGAAAUCCGCCCUGAGGACGGAGAGGUCUACUCAAAGAUGGAGGAUCUGGCUGAUGAACUCCCAGAGUCAUCCCCUCGCUACAUUCUGCUCAGUCACCCACUGACACUUAAGGAUGGCCGUCUCUCCGUCCCGUACGUGCUCCUCUACUGGCUCCCCGAGAACUGCAAUCCCUCACAGCGCAUGAUGUACGCCGGCGCAGUGGAGUUGAUGCGCACGACUGCCGAGGUGAACCGCGUUGUCGAAGUCGAGAGUGAAGAUGAUAUCAUCUCCAUUAAAGAACGCCUGUCAAACGUCGAUUAA